UAUGCCCAGAUCUCUGUGGCUGGGCUGCUCCAGCCUGGCGGACAGCAUGCCCUCGCUGCGAUGCCUGUAUAACCCAGGGACUGGCGCACUCCCAGCUUUCCAGAAUUCCUCUGAGAGAGAAGACUGUAAUAAUGAUGAGCCCCCUAGGAAGAUCAUUCCUGAGAAGAAUUCACUUAGACAGACCUACAACAGCUGUGCCAGACUGUGCUUAAACCAGGAAACAGUAUGUCUAGGAAGCACUGCUAUGAAGACUGAAAAUUGUGUGGCCAAAACAAAACUUGCCAAUGGCACUUCCAGUAUGAUUGUGCCCAAGCAAAGAAAGCUGUCUGCAAGCUAUGAGAAGGAGAAGGAGCUCUGCGUCAAGUAUUUUGAACAGUGGUCUGAGUCUGACCAGGUGGAGUUUGUGGAGCAUCUCAUCUCCCAGAUGUGUCACUACCAGCAUGGACAUAUAAACUCAUACCUCAAACCCAUGUUGCAGCGGGACUUCAUCACUGCACUGCCAGCUCGGGGAUUGGAUCACAUUGCUGAGAACAUUCUGUCAUACCUGGAUGCCAAAUCGUUGUGUGCUGCUGAGCUGGUGUGCAAGGAGUGGUACCGGGUGACGUCGGAUGGGAUGCUGUGGAAGAAGCUCAUCGAGAGAAUGGUCAGGACAGACUCCCUGUGGAGGGGGUUGUCAGAGAGGAGAGGAUGGGGGCAAUAUCUAUUUAAAAAUAAACCUCCUGAUGGAACUGCACCACCCAACUCCUUCUACAGAGCACUUUACCCCAAAAUUAUACAGGACAUAGAGACAAUAGAGUCAAACUGGCGGUGUGGAAGGCACAGUUUACAGAGGAUCCACUGCCGAAGUGAGACAAGCAAAGGGGUUUAUUGUUUACAGUAUGAUGAUCAGAAGAUAGUAAGUGGCCUACGAGACAAUACUAUCAAGAUCUGGGAUAAGAAUACAUUGGAAUGCAAGCGAAUUCUCACCGGACACACGGGUUCCGUCCUGUGCCUCCAGUAUGAUGAACGGGUGAUCAUUACUGGAUCUUCAGACUCAACAGUCAGAGUGUGGGACGUGAAUGCAGGUGAGAUGCUGAAUACUCUGAUCCAUCACUGCGAAGCAGUACUGCACCUGCGCUUCAAUAACGGCAUGAUGGUGACAUGUUCCAAAGACCGUUCCAUCGCUGUGUGGGACAUGGCUUCACCAACAGACAUCACUCUCAGGAGGGUGCUAGUAGGGCACCGAGCUGCCGUCAACGUAGUGGACUUUGAUGACAAGUAUAUUGUAUCAGCGUCAGGUGACAGAACUAUAAAGGUAUGGAACACUAGUACCUGCGAAUUUGUGCGCACCUUAAAUGGCCACAAACGAGGCAUUGCAUGUCUGCAGUACAGAGACAGGCUAGUAGUGAGCGGCUCUUCAGAUAAUACUAUCAGGCUGUGGGAUAUCGAGUGUGGGGCAUGUUUACGAGUGCUGGAAGGCCACGAAGAGUUGGUGAGAUGCAUACGCUUUGAUAACAAGAGGAUAGUCAGUGGGGCAUAUGAUGGGAAAAUUAAAGUAUGGGAUCUUGUGGCUGCUUUGGACCCUCGUGCUCCAGCAGGGACCCUGUGCUUGCGAACCCUUGUGGAGCAUUCUGGAAGAGUCUUUCGACUUCAGUUUGAUGAGUUCCAGAUCGUCAGCAGCUCACAUGAUGACACUAUCCUCAUCUGGGAUUUUCUGAAUGACCCAGCUGCCCAAGCAGAAUCCACUCGUUCCCCGUCCAGAACAUACACCUACAUCUCCAGAUAAAUAACACUACACUGUACCUCACAUUCGCACAGGUAAAAAAUAAAUAAACAAAAU